CAAGAGUGGAAUAAUUGGAGAAAAUUAUAUAAAAAAUGAAAUUCCAGUCAUUGUUGGAUCAGAUGUUAUGGAGAGUGAACUGAUUAAGUGGCCCAUCGCUCGACACCAUUUUGGUCUCAAAGAUAUUGAAGAAAUAUAUGACUCGAAUGACUGGAAGAAUAUAUGUCUCUUCAGAUCCAACAUUAAGACCAGCGAUCACUUGACUUUGUUAAAGAAAAUGAGAUCAAAUAAGGUGUUCCAGGAGAAUUGCGACCAAAAGACUGAGAAACAAAUGAGAAAAUAUUAUAAAAGACCAGAAAUAGUUCCCUCAAUGCUUGAACUCACGAAAUCAAAUUGGAUUUUAGUUUCACAAAACUAUACGGGAUUGCAGUUCAAAUUGAUUGAUCCGUCGCCCGGAACUCAGGCACUGCUAAUGAUUCAAAUCAGGGGUGAAAACAGAAUCAAAGCGGAACCCAAAGAAUUUUGUGCUUCUCGUGGCUGUGGGUCUGUUGAGGACACUCUCCGUCCCAAUGAGAUGUGUAUGAAUUGA